CAGCAAUCCAACAACGCAUUCAGGUACAUCGAAGCCAAAGAAGGGUAAGACCUGUAAAGAACCGUCCAAUAUGGACGUCGCAGACCCCGAGGUCAACGGGACGACCACACCCACUCCCACCACCCCUAAGAGGACCUCAGGCCUCGCAUUGACCGAGUACACCGCCAAUCCCACACCACCAUCAGAACGAGCAGACAUACCUUCCUACGACGUUCCACAAGAUUUUCUCCUUCCCACUGGCUACCCUGACUACCUGCGACUAAUCCUCACCUCUCGAGUCUACGAUGUCGUCUCCGAGAGCCCUCUCACCCACGCGGUCAACCUUUCCAACCGCCUGGAAUGCAAGGUCCUGCUCAAGCGAGAAGAUCUGUUGCCAGUCUUCUCCUUCAAGUUACGAGGCGCGUACAACAAAAUGGCACAUCUGCCGACCAAGGUUAGCUGGAAGGGCGUCAUUGCUUGCUCGGCAGGAAACCAUGCACAAGGCGUCGCUUACUCUGCCCGGCAUCUUAAAAUUCCAGCUACCAUUGUGAUGCCUGAAGGCACACCAGCCAUCAAGCACAUGAAUGUCAGCAGGAUGGGCGGGAGUGUGGUAUUACAUGGCUCAGACUUUGACUCAGCCAAACAACAUUGUCAUGAGCUAGAGAAGCAAUACGGCCUGACGAAUAUACCACCCUUUGAUGAUCCUUUUGUCAUUGCGGGACAGGGUACGAUAGGCAUGGAACUGCUGAGACAAACAUCUCUACAAAAGCUACAAGCUAUCUUUUGCUGCGUUGGUGGUGGUGGUCUGAUUGCAGGAAUUGGUGUCUAUGUCAAGCGGAUAGCACCCCAUGUCAAAAUCAUAGGUGUUGAAGCAUCAGAUGCCAACGCACUCGUGGAGUCGCUAAAGCAAGGCAAGAGGGUGCUCUUGAAGGACGUCGGACUCUUCGCAGACGGUGCCGCUGUCAAGACGGUAGGGGAGGAGACAUUUAGGAUCUGUCAAGAGGUCGUCGAUGAGGUCGUCCAAGUGAGUACGGAUGAGAUCUGUGCUGCUAUCAAAGACGUCUUUGAGGAUACGCGUUCUGUGCUGGAGCCUGCUGGCGCACUUUCAGUAGCUGGUCUGAAGAAAUGGGUCGCUCAGAAUCCAUCGGCAGAUCCAAGCAGGGAAUUGGUGGCUGUCGCAAGCGGUGCGAACAUGAACUUUGAUAGAUUACGGUUUGUGGCGGAGCGCGCUGCUCUAGGUGAGCAGAAGGAGGCUCUCCUGACAGUCACUAUCCCUGAACGACCGGGGUCUUUUGCUCAGCUGGUCGAAGCAGUUUUACCUCAAGCUGUCACAGAGUUUGGUUAUCGGCUUUCAACACAGGAUCAAGCACACGUCUUGAUGGGUAUUUCGGUGUCAUCAGCUGGCGCACGAGCAAAGGAACUGGGCUCCCUCUUUGCACGACUCUCUGCCGAGGGCAUGACGGCCAGAGACAUCUCUGACGACGAGCUGGCUAAGACACAUGUUCGUUAUCUCGUUGGCGGUCGAUCGGAUAUCAAAGAUGAGAGGCUGUACAUGUUUGAAUUUCCCGAACGACCAGGAGCCCUGUUCAAAUUCCUGAGAACCAUGCGGCCGGGCCAGAAUAUCACUUUGUUCCACUACCGAAACUACGGCGGCGACGUGGGCAAGAUCCUUGCCGGCAUACAGUGUCCAGAGUCAGAGAGGAGUGAACUGGAAGGGUUUCUGAAAGACAUAGGGUAUCCGUUUAAGGAGUGCACGGAUAGUCCGACUUACAAGAUGUUCCUGCGCAGUUGAAUAAUGGAUAUAAAAUGGCGUCUGCAUAUAGUGAUACCCUUACGACUCGAAUGAGGAUAAAUUCAUAGCCUUCGA